AUGGCUCCAUCUACACAGGGACAAGCCUGGUCGGAGAUCCUUUGCUGUCCCGUGUGUAAUCAGCUUUUCUCCGAAACCCGUGAACCAAUUUCCACCUCUUGCGGUCAUGUUUUCUGUCGAGUUUGUGCCCUUGCAAUCUCUGGAUCAAAUUGCCCAAUUGAUGAGGCAGAAAACGGGUAUCCAAUCCGCGAGCUUCCCACCAAUUCUGCAAUCCUCUCAGUCGUCGGCGUUCAAAAAGAAGCCUCACAACAGAUCAAAAAUCUGUUGAAGAAAUAUGGCAAAGAACUUCCAUCAACAGCAAUCUCGAGUUGUGAGAAACAUCUUUUGGGCCUCGCUUCUUACAUGAGAAGGGCGAAUUCGGAGAGAGGGGGCAGUGUGUGGAGUGAGCUACUCAGCCGAACGAUUCAACGAAAAUUGGUCUCUGUGUUAUGUGCUCAGAUUGUUGAAUCGAAUUGUAGACUAAAGCUGAUGAGAACCCUCCGUGCUUUGGCUGAGAGAAUAAUCUCCGAGCAACUCCUUCAGCAACAAGCCUCUCACAGUCUCUCCACUCAACUCUGGACAACCGUCCGAUCUCGAGGAUGCCAAUUUUUAGGGCCAGCUAUGCAAGAGGAUGUACUCAAAUUGAUCCUUCUCACUCUCAGCAAGGGUGCUCUCAUUGCGAGGAAGACUCUUGUCAUGUACAUAGUGCAAACUUUAAGCGAAGAUUAUCCACAGGUAUCAAAAACGUGUGUCGGACAUGUUGUUCAACUACUUUAUCGAGCUUCUUGUUUCAAUGUGAUAAAGAGGGAAGGGGAGAGCUCGUUGAUGCAGUUGAAAGAGGAGUUUCGAACUUACGAGGCUCUUCGACGAGAACACGAUACGCAAAUCGUGGGAAUGGCGGUGGAUGCGGGUCUUCGAAUAUCGCCUGAUCAAUGGAGUGCACUCCUAUAUGGAGAUCAACAUCAUCGAUCGCAUAUGCAAUCGAUUAUUGAUAAACUCCAAAGCCCGCAAUCAUUUGCUCAAGGAAUCGAAGAAUUGAAAACAAGCUCAAGAGGAAUUUCUGAUGAACACAAAGAGCCUUUCAUUGCAGCUUUGCAAAUCUUUGAGAAAAUUUCAGAAGAUGACUCUUGGGAACGUUUGAGUGUACUAUUGGAACAAAUGAAUCGAUUGAUUGAGAUUCAUGUAGAGAUCAUGAUUCAGCGACGAGAGUUGAAAUCGACUGAUUACUCGAGGAGAUCAACGGGAAGUCAGAGUACGAACAAUAAUAGGAGGAUGCCCACAAACAACAAUCAUUUCAAGACGAAAAUGUGCAGAGAAACAGCCUCUGGGGAAGUUUGUGGAAGAGGAGAUUCUUGUGGCUUUGCCCAUUCACCCCACGAAUUGAGAAGAGAUGGCCCGCCACCACUCAUUGCGAGGGGAAUGAAUGGUCCACCACCUUCACUGCAAAAUAUACCGAUGAACGGAUUUCCAUAUCAAAAUCAACAACAUCAUCUCAUUACGGAAAUGCAAGGCAUGACAAUGAAUCCGAUGCUUCCGGCAGCUCCAUUUGUUCAAAUUCCCACUCAACCACCACCAAUGUCUCAGCAAGAACCCCCAAUGAUGUCAAUGAUAAUGCAAAUGGGUGCUCCUGGUGUACCAAUUCCGAUCGACAGAACCAUCCCACUUGGCCCGGCAAUUCCACCACCAAUUGUCCUGAUGCAACCACCACCCCUUUGGAACGGACGAGUCCCUCCAUCACAACCACCACCACCGCCCGGCACUCAUCUCAUCCUCCCGCAAAUAACACAACAAAUACCGUGGAUACAGCAAGUACCGAUGGCUGAAUACCCGCCCAAUGCUCCGACUCCGGGUCUUUACUGGUCAGGCCCUUCACAAAUCCAAGUCCUCUCCCCACAACCGAUAAACUUUGUUCAAACAAUCCCGAUGAUGAUCCCUCCACCAAUGGAUCACUCGUUUGAAAAGACUUCAGGCGAUGAAACAGAAUUGCUGCAUUUGAAAAGGAUUGAGAUUUUGAACCGACUUGCCCCAUUGUCAUCGUUGGAUGAAGAAGGGGAAGAGGGUGAUGGAAGAGGGCACGUCUCUUACACUGUAGCCAGCAGUGUUCUUGAUGAUUCUCAUCGACAUCCGUCAUUCAUCGGAAUCAUUCCUAUAAACAAUGGAAAUGUCUCGUUGGAUCUCCCAUCUGUCCCCUGCAAUGUUUUCUCGUGUAACACUGAGGGGAGAUUUGCCAAACUUCAUACCAACUCUGAGAAUCCCACCGGGAGUAUGACAGUGAAAGACGCGAUUCGACAACCGAUCACUGCUAGCAUGAUUACGCCUCAUGUUACUAUUACUUCUCCAUUACCACCCUCAGCCAAUCCAAUCCAACAACUGCCAACUCGUAUCAUUCGGCCGAUCGAAAUCCCGAUGAUUGCUGGAGGUGCACAGCAUUUCGUUUCGCAGACUCUCGAUAAAAUUGUCGAUGUCAAGGAGCGAUUAAUUGAAGUUAGUGGACCGUCGUCAUCAGUGGAAAGCGAGCAGUUGAGAGUGGAAUUGUUGAUAGCUGAUCGACAAAUGGAGGCUCUCGAUCCGCACACACAACAAACGUGUCUUUUGAUUGAGUUGGAGGAGGUUGAGAGAAAGAUCGGGGAGCUUGGAGGGAAUCAUCCACCACCAUUCACACCAGCGAAUGUGAUUUUCAAGAACGAAAGAUGUAUUGAGCCAAAAGCUACAGCAAAGGCGAUCACAAAACCUCACCAU